AAUCCCCCUCCUCUCAAAGAGGACUGAGUCAGCUGGAGAUUAGAGCACUCACAUAGCCCUUAUUCCAUCAAGGAGCCCAGAGAAAUCUCUCAACUUUUCUAAUUUGUAAAAGGUUCCUUUGUUUCUGCUCCUGAAGCCCUAGGUUCCCAUGGCUGGAAAGACAGUGUUUGUUGACCUAAAAGACCAAUUCCUUCCCAAGGAGCAAAGAUGAAGGCUCCUGGAGCCAUUUUAACCCAUUAACCUACCCACCAUCUGCCCAGUGUCAGGUACAGGAGGUGGGAAAGCUGUGGGAGUGCCAGCAAGUUCUGCUUAGCUACAGAGAAGGCACAGCCCCAUACACCAAGAAUAUGGAGACAGCUACAGCUGUGCCUCCUCCCUUCCCAAAGGCUGAAGGAUGGGGAAUUCCUGACAAUGGUCCCAAGAGGGCCUGGCUCCCUGGGGAAGUGAGAAUACUAGAGACUGACUCUGUACCUCAGUAUCCUAAACCUCACCAAAGAGACUUUACCAGGAAGAUAUCUUUAAGCAACUGGACCAGGGCACCAGCCCAGAAAGGGGGAACCAAGGCAGACCUCCCUUCCCAAGAGGGUCAUAGCAACAAGAGACCCAAGAGAGCUGCAAGAUAACCCCAGCCCCGCCUACUGUGCCUGGGUGCUAAUCUUCAGCUCAACCACUUAGGAGGGGAUUGGCUGAGGAGCUUGAAGAGGGGGCGUUGCCACUAUCUCACCCAAAGGUUAAAUAGGGGCUCAGGAAAGCAAGCAAGAUGCCUGGGAGAAGUCCUCUCCUUCGUGGGUUCCCUGAACCAGACCAUGACCCAGACCCUCAAGCUGGCCUCCAGAGUGUUCCAGCGCGUCCACUGUGCUCCCAAGCUGGGCACCUCACUGGGUUCCCGAGGCUCCGACUCAGCGCCCCGGAGCUUGGCGGACAUUCCAGGCCCCUCCAUGCCAGUCUUCCUUGCUGAACUCUUCUGCAAGGGGGGUCUGUCACGCCUACACGAGCUGCAGGUAGAGGUGCAGGGCGUUUCGCGCUUCGGGCCCGUGUGGUUGGCCAGCUUCGGGACCGUGCGCACUGUGUACGUGGCGGCCCCUGCCCUCGUCGAGCAGCUCUUGCGACAGGAGGGGCCCCAGCCGGAGCGCUGCAGCUUCUCACCCUGGGCAGAGCACCGUCGCCGCCAGCAGCGGGGUUGCGGGCUGCUCACCGCGGAAGGCGAAGAAUGGCAGAAGCUCCGUAGCCUCCUGGCCCCGCUGCUCCUCCGGCCUCAGGCGGCCUCCCGAUAUGCCGGGACCCUGGACGACGUGGUCCAUGACCUUGUGCGGCGACUGCGGCACCAACGGGGACGCGGUGCUGGGCCGCCCACCCUGGUUCGGGACGUGGCUGGAGAGUUUUACAAGUUUGGACUAGAAGGCAUAGCGGCGGUGCUCCUGGGUUCCCGCCUGGGCUGCCUGGAGGCCGAAGUGCCUCCGGACACAGAGACCUUCAUCCGCGCGGUGGGAUCGGUGUUUGUGUCCACGCUACUGACCCUGGCGAUGCCCAGCUGGCUUCACCGCCUCGUCCCCGGACCCUGGGACCGCCUCUGCCGAGACUGGGACCAGAUGUUUGCAUUUGCCCAGCAGCACGUGGAGAGGCGGGAGGCUGAGGUAGCCUUAAGGAGCAAGGGAAAGCCUGAGGAGGACUUGGGAUCUGGGACACACCUGACCUACUUCCUGUUCCGGGAAGAAUUGCCUGCUCCAUCCAUCCUGGGCAAUGUGACGGAGCUGCUGCUGGCUGGAGUGGACACAGUAUCCAACACACUCUCCUGGGCUCUGUAUGAACUCUCCCGGCACCCGGAAGUCCAGACAGCUCUCCACUCUGAGAUCACAGCGGCCCUGGGCCCUGGCUCCAAUUCCCACCCCUCAGCUACUGCUCUAUCCCAGCUGCCCCUGCUGAAGGCAGUAGUCAAGGAAGUGCUCAGACUUUACCCUGUGGUACCUGGAAAUUCCCGUGUCCCAGACAAAGACAUUCGCGUGGGUGACUAUAUUAUCCCCAAAAAUACGCUGGUCACAUUGUGUCAUUAUGCCACUUCAAGGGACCCUACCCAGUUUCCAGAACCAAAUUCUUUUCGUCCAGCUCGAUGGCUGGGGGAAGGUCCAGCCCCCCACCCAUUUGCCUCUCUUCCCUUUGGCUUCGGCAAGCGCAGCUGCAUGGGGAGACGCCUGGCAGAGCUGGAGCUGCAGAUGGCUUUGGCUCAGAUCUUGACCCACUUUGAGGUGAAGCCUGAGCCAGGUGCUGCCCCAAUCCGACCCAUGACCCGGACUGUCCUAGUACCUGAGAGAAGCAUCAACCUGCAGUUUGUAGAUAGAUAGUCCUGUGGAAGGAGGCUAUCACCAUCACCCUUUCUCUCAUUGUAGGGAUUUAUUAGCCACAAGACCAAGAGAUAUGGAUUCCCCCUGAGACCUGUUUAUUUGACUAGACUGGUUGGAAGGACCCUAGCAAACUGCUUGAAGCAGCCCUGACCAAGGUGUGAAAUAUGCCUUGGCAUUACCCUUCGGGUCCUGAGAAAACCAGAAUCCCUCUGCCUACUCAGCUUUUCUCCUGGUCUCAAUCAUACGCAUCCUUCAAAGGCCAGCUCAGAUCUGAACUCAUAGUGUUGGGUGGCCUGAGGAGGGAUUCCACCACUGCCUUUUUGGGCUUCCACAGUGUUCAGGAGCUGCUGGGUAAGCACUUACCACCACAUGAGCUCAGUUAUGCAUCUGGUCUGCACCUGGUUGGUCUUUUCUUCUUGCAUGUGAGCUCUUUGAGAGGAAGAAUGAGACCUUAUUCCGUCUUUAUAUCCCCUGAUUGGGUGGUGCCAUACAGGUUCUCAGACUGAAUCUGGACCAUGUGGCAGAAGGGGUAA